UCAGGAAAAAACGCGGGACAAAGCUCAAUCGAUAAAUCGCUGGGGGGUUUGUAAUCGUUAUCGACAGUGCUGUAAAGCACGAUUCAGUUCAAAUUUAAAUUUGAAUUCAAAAGCAGAGCAGUGCUGGGAGUUAUUUGUUAAUACAAAUUGUACAUUUAGUUUCUAAAUUCUAAAAUGAAAAAUCAAUUUCGUGAAAAAUUCUAGUUUUUAACAUCUUUGGGCAUCAAAAUUCGCUAGCUAAAUUAUUUGUGAUCUUAAGCAAAAAGAGACAAAAAAGAGUUUAAGCUCGCGGCACGAUGGCACAGCGACUGGAUUUGGCUAAUAUAUUGAGGAAUCAGCUGAACGAGAACCGUGAGCAGGGCGGGGGCAAUCUGAGACUGGCGCCAGCGACCAAAAGAGAAAGGGCCGCCUUAAAUCGCUUCAAAUCGAACGGACAUGAUCCCAUUGAGAACCAUUUCUCACAGAAGCCGGAUGUGAUGAAGACCAUCGACAAUAUGGUGGCCAACAUACACUCCACCAUGAAGGCUACUGCACCGCCGCGGAAAGCUGUUCCCUCGAUACCAGCGCCCAUAGCACUGAUUCCGGAAGCGCCGACACAGAAGCAGACUUCGACCUCACGCAAUCGCAGCAAGUCCGCACGCAGCAAAUCCGCGUGCAGCAAGAGCGCCCGCAGACGAAUGUCCUCGCGCAGCAAGUCCGUUACGCUCAGCAAGUCCGUUUCGCGCUUCAAGGGCGGCGGCACUGUGGCCGCCCCCAACCGGGGCAGCUCCACGGGCGUGGUUACGUCCUUCAAAACGAAAACGCUGCCCAUUGCGGCCAUGAAGGCCAACCUGGACCAGAAGGUGACGCUGAUGAUGCGGCGCGGACUGAAUGAUUUGGGGAGCGGCAAGACUUUCACCAAUCAGCGACGCAUUCGCGAGGUGUUGCAGCAGAAGGUGAUGCUCGAGCAAAUGCUGCUGCAGCACCGCAGACUGCAGCGCGACAGGCAGACCAUUGCCCUGGACAUACAGCGGAUGCGUGAGGAUCUGGACAGGAUCCGCAACAAGUUGGAUACGUCGCUGCAGAGCCUCCAAGCGACUCGCACUAUCACAGGGGCCGCUGCCAAGGCCAAGAAGCCGUCCACGCUGAAGAUGGUCAGCAUGUCCGCCACGGGUCGGAGGCCGUUCAGUGCCGCCUCUGGGGGUCGUCGACCUUUCAGUGCCGCCUCCUCGGGCCGGCGACUGUUGAGUGCUGCCGCUGCAGCUACUGCUGGAUACAACGUCAAGGCAACGUCUCCCCUUACCCAAGCGAGUGGCAUCGUUCAAAAGCGACGAAUGUCUGUACGCUCGACGACAAAGCGUCGCGGGGCAUCGACGAAGGCAUAAGUCAUGGAGGGCUGCUGCACUCUAACAUUAGCUGGGAUUCACAAAACGCUCACUUUACUUUAUACACAUCCCGGCUCUGAAAUCUAUUAAUAAAAUUUAGCGCAACUUGGCAAUCAAUUUAAU